CAAACAAUUCCCAUCAUCAGUCUUUUAGACAUGGGAGGAGUUAAGUUGCAUGGAACCUGGCCUAGCCCCUUUAGUUACAGAGUGAUAUGGGCUCUGAAACUCAAGGGUAUACCAUUUGAAUACACAGAAGAGGAUCUUUCCAACAAAAGUCCUCUGCUUCUACAAUAUAACCCUGUCUACAAAAAAAUUCCCGUCCUCGUUCACGAUGGAAAGCCAGUCUGCGAGUCCAUGAUUAUCGUCGAAUACAUCGACGAGGUGUGGCCGGAGAAACCCUUGAUCCCAAGUGACCCUUAUCAGAGGGCUACGGCUCGGUUCUGGGUUAAUUUUAUUGGAGAUAAGAGCAUCGCAGUUUGGAAAUUGUUUCGAACCGCUGGUGAAGAACUAGAACAAGCAAAGAAGGAUACCUUGGAAAUGCUGAAAACCAUCGAAGAACAUGGAGCAGGAGAGACAAAAUUCUUCAUUGGAGAUGAGAUUGGCAUAGUGGACAUAGCCUUCGGUGCAAUUGCUUACUGGUUGGAGAUCUUUGAAGAACUACUAGGAGUGAAGCUGCUCGAAGCCCAUAGGUUCCCUAAACUCGCUGCUUUGAUCAACAAUUUCAAAGAAGAACCUAUAAUCAAGGAAAACCUUCCAGAUCACCAUGACAUGUUUGUAUAUUUCAAAGGUCGCAGAGAAAAGAUACUUGCCUCUGCAUCAUAAGAGGCUAAUAGAGAGGGGCCAUCAAAUGUCAUAUUCAUGCUUCUCUACUAAU